AUGCACGCUGGGCCGGGCCGGCCUGCUGGCUUCACUCACCCCAGCCCUCCACCUGUCGGAGCCUCAUUUGGAAGGGCUGAAGAGCAGGGCCGCCACAUCGAGCCAGAAAGCCGCAGGACCCUCAGUGACCGCGGGAAGAGGAGGAACUCCAGCCUCACGAAACCUGAGGAGGAGGAAACCCUCCCAGCCAUCCACGCAAACUGUGCCCGUAUAUUUUGUACCAGGCUGGACGACAAGGACUCCGUGGAUAUUCAUGACCACCCUCCGCUGCCCGAUAACGUGGUGAAAGAAGAGGACAACACGCUCUACUUCGUCUAUGAUGAAGAGGUGGAAGAGGAAGAGAAAGAGGAGCCUCCCCCUCAAGAACCGGUCAAACCCGUCAACGACAGACCCCACAAGUUUAAGGACCACUACUGCAAGAAGCCCAAGUUUUGCGACGUCUGCGCCCGCAUGAUCGUCCUGAACAAUAAGUUUGCGCUGCGAUGUAAGAACUGCAAAACCAGCAUCCACCACCAGUGCCAGUCCUACGUGGAGUUCCAGAGGUGCUUCGGCAAAAUUCCUCCAGGCUUCAGAAGAGCGUACAGCUCUCCUCUGUACAGCAGCCAGCAGAACGCCACAGUGUCACAGCUGCUUCCCUUCUCACAGUCAAACCGCACCGACCCCGUGUUCGAGACGCUGCGAAUUGGUGUGAUCAUGGCCAACAAGGAGCGCAAGAAAGGCUCAGAGGACAAGAAGAAUAUGAUGAUGAUGAUGGAGGAAGAGGAGUCCCAACCCAAGCAGGAGGGUGAGGAAGAUGAAGGAGCAAACACAGAAGGAGACAAGAAGGGGGACAAAGCUCCUGCAGACGACAAGAAGCCUCAGCCGGGGAAGAUCGGCGUGUUCAGCCAGUCUCACUACUAUCUGGCUCUGUAUCGCUUCAAGGCCAUAGAGAAAGACGACCUCGACGUUCACGCUGGCGACCGGAUCACAGUGAUUGAUGACUCCAACGAGGAGUGGUGGAGGGGGAAGAUCGGCGAGAGAACGGGCUUCAUACCCGCCAGCUACAUCAUCCGGGUGCGAGCGGGAGAGCGGGUCUAUAAGGUGACUCGCUCCUUCGUUGGCAACAGAGAGAUGGGCCAGAUCACCCUGAAGAAAGACCAGAUCGUGGUGAAGAAGGGUGAGGAGGUGAACGGCUACCUGAAGGUCAGUACGGGACGGAAACUCGGCUUCUUCCCCGGCAAUCUGCUGCAGGAGAUUUGA